GGGCUCCUCACAGUUCUUCUUUGUACUCCCAUCAUCCGCUCCGCUUGUUGUUCUACAACACCUUCUCAGUUGUUGCUAUAGCUGCCAGAGGUCUCAAACAACGCCCUCCAUAGCUGUUAGCACGUCUUUCCUUAAACACCUCGCUGGUUCAGUCUAAGGAACAAUUGUCGCCACAUCAUGGCACCCUCUGCUGCGUCCGUACUCUUUCAUCCGAAGAAGAAAGCCCCCAAUGGCAAUUCUGUCAAUGGUUCAUCGCAGAACUCCAAUGGCAGCACCUCUCCAAGGAAACCACGCAUUCCUCGCCCUCGUCCUAAACAGGAGGACGAGGAUUCUCUAACGCCUUCUCCCCCCGAAGGCCCUUACCAAGAAUUUCGACUUAUGUCAUCCGCCUUGAACGGAUGGAAAUACGAUGUAAUGAAGUUUGAAUCGCGCAAAGCAGUAGAUAUCACUCAAUGGGAGCGACCGGUGAUGCUCAACAGGAAGGAACCUCGAAGAGAGGACACUAGCGCAACUCAGGCCGCCCCUGUUCCGGCCGGACUCAUGUUAGGACCUGAUGGGAAGCCUGUGAUUGGGGCAGAUGGAAAGCCUGUCCAAGUCGAUGCUGAAGGGCGGCCUAUCCGACCUGGAGAGUACUCGCAGGGAGGGGGCCAGGGCGAUAAGGGGAAGGAGAAGGUUUCCGCGAUUAAGAAGAGGAUGCAGAAGAAGACUAGACAGGUGCAUCUUAUACCUGAAGAGGUGCGACAGUUGAGAAGAGAAGAGAGAUAUCCUUGGGUCGUGGAAGACGGCCAGAAGUCGGAAGUGUGGGUGGGCAAGAUGGAGGAAGUUUCGAGAUCGGAGACUCACGCUAUGUUCAUGCCUGCCGCUAACGAUGUAUUCAAGUUCGUCCCCGCCCACCGCUGGUAUAAGUUUCAGAAGAAACCACAUUACCGUGUCCCUACGUUGGAGGAAGCGGAAUCGAUGAUGACACAAAUGCAGAAGAAUAAGGACCCGGAGCGGUGGCUACUACGCAAACGUAACGGACAAGGGGCUUCUGACGCUACCGCCGCGAUGUUUAAAUCAGAGCGCGAAGGUAGCGCCAUCCCUCCAUCUGGUUCACUCGUAUACAGUGCAAGCCAGAGUUUGGGCCCGGGUGGUCGGAGGUUGAGGACUGUAGAUAGCGGAAUGGCUGGUUUGUUUGGCGAUGAGGAUGAUGAGGAGAGUGGAGAUAGGAAGAGGAAGCUCAGCAAAGAGUUGGGUGCUGAAGGUGAUCUCGAUGAGUUAGACUUCGAGGAUGAAUUCGCAGAUGAUGAAGAGAAAGUGGAAGGGGAGGUCGAGGACGAAGAAGCCAAGGAGGCAGAGGAACGUCUUAAACGCCAAUACAAGACGGCGAACAAGUUGAGAGAAAGUUAUAUCGAUGAAAGCGAAGAGGAGGAAGAGGAGCCGAAGUUAUCGAUGGCAGGCAAGGAUGUGCAGAAGCUCAUGAGGAAAUUGGAGAAGAACCUUGCCUAUGAGAGCGAUGAAGAAGAGAAUCCUUACGCCAGCUCGGAGGAAGAAGAGUCAGAAGAGGAACCACCGGAGGUUCCACAAGGCCCUGCUAUCAUACCACCAGCGCCAAAGAUUGACUCUCGCUCAGCUUCUCAAGCGCCACCUGGUGCGAAUGGCGUGAAGCCUGUGAAUGGCGGUCAACCACCACUCGCUAUCAAAACUGAGACCUUUUCACGACCGACAUCUCCAAUUGCAUCUCCAGGCCAUGGAGGACACUCUAUCGUCGCCAAGCGGGCUACUAGCCCCAAAGCACCCAAAGGCAAACCAAACGGUCCGAGUCGUGCCACGAGUCCUUUGGCUGGGGGCAGUAGGGCGACCAGUCCUGUCGCAGGGACAGGCAGCCGCGCUUCGAGUCCCGCCGCUCAAGGUCCGGGCGUUCCUGCGAAACUCAGUAAUAAGCGAAAGGCUACUGAGGAACUUACAUCACCUACGAAUGGUCAAGGUGCACCGAUCAAACAGAAGAAACGGAAGUCUUCUGCCAUCGGAGAACUGGAUGCUCAAAUGCUUAUUGAGUGGUUGAAGGUCACAGCGAAUGCAACGACCCGAGAUUGCAUCCACCACUUCUCUCCUUACCUCAAGAAGGAUGAUGAGAAGAGGAGGUUCGCUGGUUUGGUGAAGGAGGUUGCGGUCUUAAAGGACAACGUCCUCACGUUACGGAGUGGUUUGCGUGGCAAAGAUGCAGGCGGUACCCCAACGCCGGGGUCAGCUCCUUCACCAAUUGCGGCUAUCGAUGAUUGACUUUUCCCCUAUUGUAUUCUAUUUUCUGUUGUACUAGAGAAUUGAAUGUCGGAUUUGUGCACGACGGCUCAAGAUCGCCUUGAGUCUUGCUAUAUCAGUCAAAUCCAUCACUGGCAGAUGAGAUGUACAUCAUGAUAUAUGUGUUGCACUUUUACUGACUUCAAUCGACGAGCUUCCGCUGCAUUGUCAUAAGGGCUGCUGCUGGUGCUAUACAUAGCGAUCCCACGGUUUUCUCGGAGGUAAUACGCCGUCUACGUCAAUGCACACAGUGCCAGCGGCGAACCGUUCAAUAUUGAACGCGCGGGUAAAAAGUACAAAGGUUCCGUAUGGCACAGGAAUCCCUCGAUCGAAAUGGCGGCGAUCAAUAAACUAACGUGAUAUGA